UUCAUUAUAUAGCUUCUGUAUAGCUUCAUCAAUGCGCUCGUUACCAUCGAAAGUUAGCAACUUUUGCGCAUCGUAUUACUCGCGAUAAGAGCAAGAGUCGAUAAAUUCAAGCAACUCGGCUGAAACGAUAAUCGCGAAAAUGAACGUUUUACUCCAGAAACAUGGAGCUAAACAUAUAUGUAAGGUCCCGGAAGGAUUACGCGAACUAUGCACCGACAUCGCACGCGAGGUUCUACGCUCGCAACCGAGGAACAUUUAUUGCUUUGUCGCUGAUUAUGUCGAAACCCUUUUGAUCACACGGGAAAAUGCAAAAGUCGCGGUGAAAGUCGUAAACAAUAUUUUAUUGGGGAGUCAAGCCAUCGUGGAUAUACUUCGCCGGAGCGGCUUGAGUUUGGAACAGAUCGCCCGCGCCGCUCCCAGGAUUCAGACGGCGUUCCGCGCGUACUUGGACGCGGUAGACAUGCGAGCGACCCAGGUGCGCGACGACACAACUUGCGACGAGAAAUCCGAGGUAUCUCUGCAAAGUAUUCUGCAAGCGAUGGGGGUCUCGCUGGAACAGGCGGAGAAGUAUGCCAUGAUAAUACAAGCCGCUUUCCGUGGGCAUUAUGAGAGGAUGCUAUUAAACGAGUCCCGUGGCAUAAUUCCGUGGCAACGAGCGGCAACAAGGACUCUCGAGAUCCUGAGAAAGGUAGGAGCUUCGCAAGCAGAAGCGUCGAAAGCCGCCAUUUUAAUACAGGCUACUUACCGCAGCUAUUAUACAAGGAAAAACCUAAAAAUGAAAAUGCAGACUAUGCAAUCGCAGGAGGAAGAGAAAAGAAGCGAAGUAGACAUGAUAGAGCCCAAAGAAGACGUUCAAGUAGUAGCUUGGUUGAACAUGAUGUACGAGGAAUCAGGACUGACACCAAUGAAAGCAAAUAAAGCUGCAUCCACUAUACAAAAAGCUUAUAGACAGUAUCGCAAGAACAAAAAUAACUCUAAAUCGCCGGUAGAAUCAACGAGAUCGACAGUGACAGAAGCCAUCCUCAAAAAUUUGCAUCAGAAGCUUUUCGACGAAGUCAUGACUCGGGCGAACAUCCCCGCAGAAUUUGGUAAUCGAGAGGACUUGAUGAAAGCUGGCGAAGAACUUCAACGUGCUCUUAAAGAUCGAUUAACACUUGCUCGCUUGGCACAAGAAUACGACAAGGAGGAAGAUGAAUCAUUUGAGAAAGUGGUGAACUCGAUUAGCGUGUCGGAAGAUUGGCAAGAAGAUCGAGAGAUCGAAAUAGAAUCUGAACGUGACGAAGAAACAAACACGUACGUGUAAUAUUAGCAUCGAAGAGAGAGC